CAUGGGUCUUGUAAGCUUCUUGGCUCAGCUCAUCCCCACUCCACGCGGAUUGUGUCUGCUGUCGGAUCCUUGUGAAGUUGUUGAUUUAAAUUCAGUCCCCUAUAGCACCACUCCAAGCUCGCUCACCCACUCUCUUGGUGUCUCUGUUGGUGAAGAAAAUGGUGCGAGCUCCUGUUGUUGAUAAGGAUGGAGUGAGGAGAGGUGCGUGGAGCUUUGAAGAAGAUGAAAAGCUUAGAGCUUAUGUUCAGAGAUAUGGCCCUUCCAAAUGGCGGGAGCUUCCCACGCUUGCAGGGCUGACCCGAUGUGGAAAGAGUUGUAGAUUGCGAUGGUUGAAUUAUCUUCGUCCGGGUAUUAAGCGAGGGAAUUACACAGAUGAAGAGAAUGACUUAAUCUGCAAUCUCCAUAAGAAACAUGGCAAUAGAUGGUCGACCAUCGAUGCAAAACUACCGGGAAGAACAGACAACGAAAUAAAGAACCAUUGGAACGCACACCUAAAGAAGCAACAAUCAUCCACUCAACCAAAACCAAAGCAAUUAACAUCCCAAGUGAUUGAAGCAAAAAGAGAAGACUUUACGGGCUAUUCCUCCACCACAUUUGGGAUUCUAGAGAGCUCAUCUUUGUCCCAACAAACAUCUUCAUGCGAUGACAAUUUCGCCACCCAAAAUUGGGGAGUGGAAGAUCAUGAUCGAAGUGGGUACUACGAAGAUUUCUGGACUGAACCGUGCGUGAGUGAUGUUCUUGAUGGGUGCUUAGAAUUCUCAGCAGACUAUGGAAUUGGUAUCUUUUCGCCACAACAUGAUGCGAGCUACGAUGAUAAUUACAUAGAUUUGUUCUGCUCCUUACUGUAAGUGAAUGGCGCCCAUUUGGGUGUUUCUUAGAUUGUUCUUCCUACUCUAGUGGCGUUAUGAUGAUGCAUUUGGGGUUUGUAAAUUUUUUGUGCCCCAUAUCGUCACAAGUUUAUGAACAGCUUUGAUCUAAUUGUUGGAGUUCGACGAACACAAUU